GAGGCAUAUGGAUUACUAUACACUCGUGUUUGGAUCAAUUUUAGUAUUGGCUAUCCUUUGUAAUAUCAUAGCAAAAAUAUGUAGCAAAGGAAGCAAAAAACUUCCACCAGGGCCAUCACCAUGGCCAAUUAUUGGAAAUCUUCACUUGUUAGGUGCAAAACCUCAUAUAUCACUAGCCAAUCUUGCAAAAAAUUAUGGUCCAAUUAUGAGUUUAAAAUUAGGACAAAUUACAACAGUGGUCAUUUCUUCAUCAACCAUUGCAAAACAAGUCCUUAAAACUCAAGAUCAAGCCUUUUCAUCUAGAUUUGUUCCUAAUGCUCUUCAAGCACACAACCAUUACAAAUUCUCUGUGGGAUGGCUUCCUGUUUGUCCUCAAUGGCGAACGCUUCGCAGAAUAUUGAACAUAAAUAUCUUCUCUCCCAAUAGGCUUGAUGCAAAUCAACAUCUAAGGUCUCAAAAGGUGAAAGAAUUGAUUGCUUAUUGUGACAAAUUUAGUCAACAAGGUGAAGCUUUGGAUGUAGGUCAAGUUGCUUUCAAGACUAAUCUCAACUUGUUGUCAAACACACUUUUCUCCAAGGAUUUGGCUGACCCUUUUUCAGAUUCGAAGGUAGAGUUGAAGGAAGUUAUAUGGGGUGUCAUGGCUGAGGUAGGGAAGCCUAACCUAGUAGAUUUUUUCCCCAUACUUGAAAAGAUUGAUCUUCAAGGAAUAAGACGUCGCGCAAUCAUUCAUUUUGGUAAGUUGUUUAAACUUUUUGAUGGUUUGAUCAAUGAGCAAUUGGAGGAAAAGAGAAGAUCAGGAUUCACAGAAAAGAGUGAUGUUCUGGAAAUGUUUCUCAAUAUUAUUGAAAAAAAUCCUGAAGAUAUUGAUCAUAAUCACAUCAAGUCCAUGUUCUUGGACCUAUUUGGUGGGGGUACUGAUACAACUACAAGCACAUUGGAAUGGGCAAUGACGGAAUUGCUUAAACAACCUGAGAUAAUAAAAAAUGCUCAAGUUGAACUUGCAGAAAUCAUUGGAAAAGGAAAACAAAUAGAAGAAACUGAUGUUUCUCGACUUCCUUACUUGCAAUGCAUUAUCAAAGAAACAUUAAGAUUGCACCCACCAGUUCCGCUCUUAGUUCCGCGCAAAGUGGAGCAAGAUGUUGAAUUGUGUGACUACAUCAUUCCCAAGGGCUCACAGGUACUAGUUAAUGUGUGGACGAUUGGUCGAGAUUUUACUUUUUGGAAGGACCCUUUAGUGUUUAAACCCGAGAGAUUUUUGAGUUUGGAUUUGGACACGCGAGGACAAGAUUUUGAGUUGAUUCCAUUUGGUGCGGGGCGAAGAAUAUGCCCUGGCUUGCCACUAGCAUCGAGGAUGAUUCCAGUAAUGUUGGGCUCACUCUUGAAUUCAUUCAAUUGGAAACUUGAAGCAGACAUUGAACCACAAGAAUUAGACAUGGAGGAGAAGUUUGGUAUCACCUUAGCCAAAGCUCGUCCUUUGCGAGCUAUCCCCUCUCCUCUUUGAUGUUGCAUUGCCUAGUCGAU